GAAGAGCAGGGGGAGGAGCUUCAGUGUCCGGCGGGUCGGGCUCAGGGAGUCCCGGACUGAAGCGUCCAAAGUUUCCGCGGCGAGCCGCUUCUGCUCCUCUCUGCUCCAGACAAACGGACCUCGGUCGGAUCCAGACGCGCAGCCGCGGCGCGCCGUGAGCAGGACGCAGAGUGUGACCAGGCGGGCUUUGACUGUUCCCACCGGAUGAAAACUCCGGAAACAAAGAGUGAAUGUGACGGAGGGCAGGAGCAUCCCGCAGCGGCUGGCAGGAAUGAAGAGGAUGCGCUGAAACUCUCACUAACUUUUACCUUGGAAUGAUUUGGAUCAGCGUCCACACAGGGAAUCCUCUGGGAUUAAAAUAAAGAGGAGCGAUGGAUAACUUCUUCACAGAGGGGGAUCGGGUGUGGCUCCGGGAGGAGGAGCAGUUCCUCCCCGGCUGCGUGUCUUCCUGCUCUGGAGGCGUCGUCGUCUUCGCCACAGACUACGGCCAGGUCUACACCUACAAGCAGAACGCCCUCACCAGGCAGAAGGUGCAGCCCAUGCACCACAGCAGCGUCAGAGGCGUGGAGGACAUGGCCACGCUGGAGGACCUUCACGACGGCGCCAUCAUGCACAACCUCUACCAGCGAUACCAUCAGAGGCAGAUCUAUACGUACAUCGGCUCCAUCCUGGCCGCGGUGAACCCGUACCAGCCGCUGCCCGGCCUGUACGACCGGCCCACCAUCGAGCUCUACAGCCGCCACCACCUCGGCGAAAUCUCUCCACACAUCUUCGCCGUGGCCAACGACUGCUACCGCUCGCUGUGGAGGAGGCAGCAGAACCAGUGCGUCCUGAUCAGUGGAGAAAGUGGAGCUGGUAAAACCGAAAGCACCAAGCUGAUUUUGAGGUUUCUGUCCGCCAUGAGCCAACACUCGCUGGAGGUUUCCUGCAGAGACAAAACGUCGCACGUGGAGGAGGCGCUGCUGGAGAGCAGCCCCAUCAUGGAGGCCUUCGGAAACGCCAAGACCGUCUACAACAACAACUCGAGCCGCUUCGGGAAGUUCGUCCAGCUGCACUUCAAUCAGAAGGGAAACAUCCAGGGAGGAAGAAUUGUUGACUAUCUGCUAGAGAAAAAUCGAGUUGUUCGGCAGAACCCAGGAGAGAGAAACUAUCACAUCUUUUACGCCAUAUUAGCAGGAGCCAACAACCAGCAAAGAGAGGCGUUUGGGUUGACGCGUCCUGAAAGCUACCACUACCUGAGACAGUCCAACUGCAUGGAGGAUAAGACAAUCAACGACAGCGGCACCUUUCAGGACGUUCUGAACGCGAUGCAAACCAUGCAGUUCACAGAGGAGAACAUCAGGGAGAUCCUGCGCCUCCUGGCGGGGAUUCUCCAUGCAGGAAACAUCGAGUUCAUGACGGCUGGAGGCGCUCAGGUCGCCUCCAAAUCAGCUCUGAGUUGGACGUCUGAACUUCUGGGCCUGAACUCGGAUCAGCUGGCAGAAGUCCUGACUCACCGCUCCAUGAUCCUCAGGGGGGAGGAGAUCUCCACGCCGCUAACAGUCGAACAGGCGGUGGACUCCAGGGACUCCAUGGCCAUGGCACUUUAUUCCCAGUGUUUCAACUGGAUCAUUCACAAGCUGAACCACCGCAUCCGGGGCAAGGAGGACUUCAAAUCCAUCAGCAUCCUCGACAUUUUUGGAUUUGAGAACUUUGAGGUGAACCGCUUUGAGCAGUUCAACAUCAACUAUGCAAACGAGAAGCUUCAGGAAUAUUUCAAUAAGCACAUUUUCUCCCUGGAGCAACUUGAAUACAACAAAGAGGGCCUGGUUUGGGUCGACAUCAACUGGAUGGACAAUGGAGAGUGUCUGGAUUUGAUUGAGAAGAAACUGGGUCUCCUGGCGCUGAUGAACGAGGAGAGUCACUUCCCCAAAGCCACAGACGACACCUUACUGGAGAAGCUCCACAGCCAGCACUCGAAAAAUCCAUUUUAUGUGAAACCUCGUGUUGCAGUGCACCUAUUCGGAGUCAGACAUUAUGCAGGAGAGGUGGUGUAUGACGUGAGGGGGAUGCUGGAGAAGAACAGAGACACUUUCAGGGAUGACAUCCUCAACAUGCUGAGAGAAAGCAGGUUGGAUUUUGUCUAUGAUCUGUUUGAACACGUAUUGAGCCGAAACAAGCAGGACACGCUGAAGAGCAGCACCAAGCACAGACGGCCCACCGUCAGCUCCCAGUUCAAGGACUCUUUGCACUCCCUGAUGGCCACCCUGAGCACGUCCAACCCGUACUUCAUCCGGUGCAUCAAACCAAACACACACAAGAUGCCUGACCAGUUCGACCAGACGGUGGUUCUGAACCAGCUCAGGUACUCCGGCAUGCUGGAAACGGUGAAGAUCCGGCGCAGCGGCUUCCCAGUCCGCAGAUCCUUCCAGGACUUCUGCUCCAGGUACAAAGUCCUGAUGAGGGGCGUCCUGACUCCAGAUGACCCCAGGGGGCGCUGCAGGCAGCUGCUGCACCUCUAUGACAGCAGCAGUGCAGAUUGGCAGCUCGGCAAGACCAAAGUUUUCCUUCGAGAGUCUCUGGAGCAGCGGCUGGAGAAGCAGAGGGAGGUGGAGGUGCUGAAAGCAGCCAUGAUCAUCCAGGCCCACGUCCUGGGCUACGUGGCCCGGAAGCAGUACAGGAAGCUGCUGCAGUGCAUUGUGGUCAUUCAGAAGAACUACCGGGCUUUCUACUGGAGGAGGAAGUUCUUGCUGCUCCGCUGGGCCGCGCUCACCUUCCAGAAGCGCCUGCGGGGCCAGCUGGCCCGCCGGGCCGUCGGCCGCCUGCUGGACGAGAGGAGGAAGAGGGAGGAGGAGGAGGAGCGCCGCAGAAAGAUGGAGGAAGAGAUGGAGAGAGAGAGACUGAGACUGGAGGCGGAGCGACGCGCCAAAGAGGCUGAGGAGGUUCUGCGACUGGAGGAGCUGCAGCGCGCUCAGGAGCUGCAGCGCGCCAUGGAGCUGCAGCGCGCCAUGGAGCUCACCUCUCUAGUUUUUACUCAGUCUCAGCUGGAGGAAGCAGCUGCAGCUUUACCCGAAACACCGGAGGAGCUGGAGUCGGUCUUCAAGGAGGCCGCCGAGGAGGAGGAGGCGAUCCGCCCCCAGGAGGCGUCCCAGGUGGAGGAGAUCCUCCGGCUGGAGCGAGAGAUCCAGGCUCUGCAGAGACAGAAAGAGCAGCAGGAGCUGUCCCUGACGGAGGCAUCGCUCCACCGCCUGCAGCGCCUCCGGGAUCAGGAGCUGCAGCGGCUGGAGGACGAGGCCUGCAAGGCGGCGCAGCAGUUCCUGGACUCGCUCAACUUCGACGAGAUUGAUGAGUGUGUGAGGAACAUUGAGAGCUCCCUGGGCGUUGGGGAGGAAGAGGAGAAGGAGAACGGAGGGAGAAGAGGCAAUGACGAAGAGGAGGUCGAUGAAGGGUUCGGAGCCGACGACGAGGCUUUCAAAGACUCUCCCAACCCCAGCGAGCACGGCCACUCCGACGGCCAGCGGACGAGCGGAAUCCGGACGAGCGACGAUUCCUCUGAAGAAGACCCGUACGCCAACGAUGUUCCGAUCCCGGCGAUGCCCCUCACCACCCUGCUCCACCAGCCGCUGCCUCCGUUACCGCCAGCCGCCCACAGCGUCUCAUCCAGUGGCGACUCCGCCUUCUGCCACCCGCAGGCGUCGUCCGAGGCGCCGUCCGACGACCUGGUGGAGCUGAUUCCUCCAGACGAGGACUCGGACUACGACCAGGACGACUACGACGAGGGCGCCAUCGUGUCCAGCGGCAGCGUGGCGUUCUCCAGCUCCCGCAGCGGGCAGUGGUCUCCGGAUUACCGGGGCUCCGUGGGAACGUACAACGGCUCAGGGGCUUACCGCUUCAGCUCCGAAGGCGCUCAGUCGUCGUUUGAGGACAGUGAAGACGACUUUGACCGGUUUGACACAGACGAUGAGUUAUCGUAUCGACGGGACUCGGUCUACAGCUGCGUCACUCUGCCGUACUUCCACAGCUUCCUCUUCAUCAAAGGGGGCCUGAUGAACACGUGGAAGCGGCGCUGGUGCGUUCUGAAGGACGAGACCUUCCUGUGGUUCCGGGCCAAGCAGGAAGCUCUGAAGCAGGGCUGGCUGCACAAGAAGGGCGGCGGCUCCUCCACGCUGUCCCGCCGCAACUGGAAGCGCCGCUGGUUCGUGCUGCGGCAGAGCCGGCUCAUGUACUUUGAGAACGACAGCGAGGAGAAGAUGAAGGGAGUGCUUGACAUGCACAGUGCCAAAGAAAUCGUUGAUAACACGGGUAAGGAGAACGGUAUCGACAUCGUGAUGCCAGAGAGGACCUACCACCUGAUCGCAGAGUCUGCUGAGGACGCCAGUCAGUGGUUCAGCGUGCUGAGUCAGGUCCACGGCUCCACAGAACAGGAGAUCAGCGAGAUGCACGACGAGCAGGCCAAUCCGCAGAACGCCGUGGGAACGCUGGAUGUGGGCAUGAUCGACUCGGUUUGUGCGUCAGAUAAUCCAGAAAGACCAAACUCCUUUGUCAUCAUCACUGCGGAGCGGGUGCUGCACUGCAACGCCGACACGCCCGAGGAGAUGCACCACUGGAUCACUCUGCUGCAGCGCUCCAAAGGAGACGCGCGCGUCGACGGGCAGGAGUUCAUCAUCAGAGGCUGGUUGCACAAAGAGAUGAAAAACAGCACCAAGGCUUCGCUGAAGCUGAAGAAGCGCUGGUUCCUGCUCACCCACAAUUCCCUGGACUACUAUAAGAGCUCCGAGCGGAACGCCUUGAAACUGGGAACGCUGGUUCUGAACAGCCUCUGCUCCGUGGUGCAGCCCGAUGAGAAGCUCUACAAGGAGACCGGAUACUGGAACGUGAUCGUCUACGGGCGGAAACACUCGUACCGGCUCUACUGUAAGCUGCUGAACGAAGCCACGCGUUGGGCCAGCUCCAUCCAGAACGUCAUCGACACCAAAGCUCCCAUCGACACGCCGACCCAGCAGCUCAUCCAGGACAUCAGGGAGAACUGUCUGAACUCGGAGGUGGUGGAGCAGAUCUACAAGAGGAACCCCAUCCUCCGCUACAGCCACCACCCGCUGCAUUCCCCGCUGCUGCCGCUGCCGUACGGAGACAUCCAGCUGAGCGCGUCACGGAGCCGGAGCUACACCACCCUGCAGGACGAAGCCCUCCGGGUGUUCGGCUCCCUGCAGCACCUGGACGGCGUGGCCGACCCGGUCGCCAUCAUCCAGGGCAUCCUGCAGACGGGGCAGGAGCUCAAGCCGCUGCGCGACGAGCUCUACUGCCAGCUGAUCAAGCAGACGGCCCGGCCGCCGCAGCCCGGCGGCCCGGGGAACCUCUGCAGCUGGAAGAUCCUGGCCUGCAUGUGCUGCACCUUCAUGCCCUCACGGAGCGUCCUCAGAUACCUGAAGUUCCACCUGAAGAGGACCAGAGAGCUCUUCCCCGCCUCAGAGAUGGACCGCUACGCCGCCUUCGCCUUCGACUCCUUGAAGAAGACUCGGUCCAGGGAGAAUGUGCCGUCGCAGGAGGAAAUCCGCUCCGUCGUGGCCCGGCAGGACAUGAGCACCACAGUGCACUGCCACGGCGGAGGCUCCUGCAAGAUCACCAUCAACUCACACACCACUGCAGGGGAGGUGGUGGAGAAGCUGAUCCGCGGCCUGGCCAUGGAGGACAGCAGGAACAUGUUCGCUCUGUUCGAACACAACGACGCCUCAGAGAAAGCCAUCGAGAGCCGGACCGUGGUGGCCGACGUUCUCGCCAAGUUUGAAAAACUUUCAGCCAGCUCAGAGGAAAGCAACACGGGCUGGAAGCUGUACUUCAAACUGUACUGCUUCCUGGACACGGACGGCGUUCCCAAGGACAGCGUGGAGUUCGCCUUCAUGUUCGAACAGGCCCAUGAGGCAGUGAUCCAGGGCCACUAUCCGGCCCCGGAGGAGACGCUCCAGUUCCUGGCCGCCCUCAGGCUCCAGUACCUCCUGGGCGACCAGAACCCCCAGAGCACCGUGCCCGAGAUGUCCCAGGUGUUCCCCAUGGCUCGACUGCGGACCCGGGUCCAGAACUCGGCCAAGACGUUUUCCGGCGCCGGCUCUGUGGCGGAGCGCUCGGGGACGGCGGAGCGGAAACGCUCCAGCUUCCUGGAGGGAACGCUGCGGCGGAGCUUCCGGAGCGGCUCCCUGAGCCGGCAGAGGCUGGAGGAGGAGAACAGCCUGGAGGCCUGGCUGAGGGAGGAGGCGGCCGCCGUCCGGACCAGCGUCCUGGACAAGUGGAGGAAGCUGCAGGGCGUGAGCCAGCAGCAGGCCAUGGUCAAGUACAUGGCGCUGGUCAAGGAGUGGCAGGGCUACGGAUCCACGCUCUUCAACGUGGAGAGCUGUGACGGAGCCUUCCCGGCGGAGCUGUGGCUCGGCGUGAGCCGGGAGUCCAUCUCCGUGUACAAACGCGGCGAGCCGUGGCCCCUGGAGGUCUUCCCCUACGAGCUCAUCCUGUCCUUCGGCGCGCCGCUGCCCAACGCCUACAAGAUCGCCGUGGAGGGCCGGGAGCUGGUGUUCGAGACCCAGAUGGUCAUGGACAUCGCCAAGCUCAUGAAGGCGUACAUCAGCAUGAUCGUGAAGAAGCGCCACAGCAACAGUCAGUCGGUCAGCAGCCAUGAGAGCAAAGGCAGCGCCUGGUGAAGCCGGACGGAGCCUCAGGGGCCCGCAGGCCGGAGCAGGGCCAGAACCGAACCCAGAACCGAACCCAGAACCGAACCCGAGUCGAGAUGAAACCCGCUCCUUCCUCAGAUUAUAUGAAAUAGGUGUCAAAUGUUUGCGCUGCAAUGUUUUUUUGUGUCGUUAUAAUUUUUAAGAAAAAACUAGUUUCCAUAAAUAAAGUUUCCAUUUUUAUCUCAACAUUAAAUCAAACAAAAUGGAUGUAAGUUAAUUGUGCUGCAUUUGUGCAGGAAUGUUUUUGUUCUUGCCAUUUUCAUUUCUAAGAUUUUUUUUUUUUAAAAAGACGUUUCCAGAGGUCAACAGAAAUCUGCCGAGCGACCUCUGACCCCACGCAUGAACAAAACUGAUAGAAAUUAAUCGUGCAGCAAAAUUUUUUGUAUUGUUUUAACUUUUAAGAUGAUUUUUUAGCUUUUCAGAGGUCACUAGAGGUCAACCUGCCCUUUAACAAAAUCAGAACAAAUUGAUAUAAAUUAAUUGUGCUUCGUUUGUGCUGAAUUUUGCAUCAAAAUGUUUGUUUGUACCGUUAUAAUUUUUAAGAUUUUUAAUAGAAAAGAGUUUCCAAAGGUCACCAGACAUCAACCCGUCGUUUAAUUAUUGCUGCAGAAACGUUUGACACCAGUUUCAUUUAAUUUAAAGAAGGUGGGUCCAGCUUCACUCAGCCUGCAGCAUGAAGGAUGAAGGCUAACAUGAAGGCUAACAUGAAGGCUAUGCAAAAAGAAAACCUCUGAGGUUUCUCCACCGGGUCCAAGUCGAGCUGCGAGUCUCCAUGGAAACCUGAGCUCAGACCAAAGCAUCGCGUCUCUACACAAACGGAGUAUUUCCACCUGGAAGUGCUUCUCAUCAACAAUCAGUCUGGAAUAAAAUUCAUCAGAAAAACGUAACAUUUUCCAUCUGGACCACCUGAAAUGAUGCUUUUAGAGAAGCGGAUUGUGGUUCGGUUCAAUUCCAGUGGCAGGAGGAAACUUUCUGAAAGAAACUAAAUAUUACCCAAAAGAAAAAAGAAUGGAACAAAAGCUACCAAAGAAAACCAGAACUCAUCGAGUCUCUGCUGACUUUUAGCUACUCUUCAACAUGGGAAAGACAAGAAGACACGCCAGGAGACGUUACCGUUUCAGACGCUUCUGGCUGUGGAACUGUGACUGUCAUGAAUUGUUUCUUUAGAGAAGAGACUGUUUGAAUGUAUUUUCCUUCCCGUCCCAAACAAAACAACAACCCUGAAUCCGAUUCUGAUUCUUUUAUAACUGAUUAGCAGACAAUGAAGAAAUCACAAGUGCCUGUUUCCAUCCGGAUGAACUCCGAUCGGGUCCGAGGUUCUGCUGAGGAAUAAAAACGGCGCUCCGAUGUUUCUGAACCGGUCCUGCUGCACGAGCUCAGAAACAGCAACUUCUCUCUCAUGCAAAGCAAUCAGUACCCAAAUAUUAAAGCUUCCUGACUGAGUUUUAGGCAAUCUGUUGUUGUGGACCACAGAAAAUCCAAAAAUCUAACAUUUUUAGGGCUUUUGAGAUUUCUGAAAGGAAAGGUUCCUAAAUUAGUGGUAAAAACUUGGGAACAUUGUGGUAAACAUGGGUAAAGUAACAGUUAUGGUGACUGUUGUGCAGUUUUUGCUUCAGCUUGACUGAGCCGCUCCACCAGACCCGGUCCGGCAGCGCAACAUUCCCACGUUUCCCUGGAGCUCCGCGGGCGGCAGAUCCAUCCAAAGACCAAGACCUGCAGGUUCCUGCCACAGUUCAGUGCCUUGUUGUAAAUUCUGUACACUUCCUGUUUUACAUGCAGAUUGGUUUUUGGUAGAAUGUGUAAUGUAAUAUAUAUAUAUAUAUUAUAUGUGAUAUAAUCAUGUGGACUGUACAUUUCAGGUUUUUGCCUUCUGAUUUAUUAUGCCAGCAGUUUUCUCUUGCAUCUUUUUUUGUAUCUUUUUAAAUCUGAAUUAUCAUUAUGUGUUAGAAUAUGAAUUAGAAUUAUGUGUUGAUUUACAAUAAAUAAAUAAAAAUA